ACCGAAUAUUCUGGCCAAGCCCGGCCGCGUCCUCGCAUACCGCGGCAGCGGGCAGCGAGACCCGUCCAAGCUCGCGUCCUCGACCACGGACGGCGGCGACGAAGACCCCUUCCAAAUCCGCUUCCCGCACGCGAUUCUUGCAGGCCGUUGGGAACUUCAACCCCAACAUCCUCGGCUCCCCUCCCUCGAUGACGCCAAAGAACGUGUCUCAAGCAGCGCCCGGCGUCUCCCCCAUUAUCAGCUCUUCCCGAAACCUCUCCCCAAGUCACAGGAGCCGUCCAAUAUCGUGCUUCUUAUUGGAAAAGAGUCCCUGAUUUCAUACAUGCCAACAAGAAAGAAGACUAACAGUGGGUUGUUAAGGACACCCAUAAAGAAAGAAAGAAGACUUGUGCUAUCAGAAACCAAUCGAAAAGGAGAAGGCAUAAAUGCAGUGGAUGGACUUGACAUUAAGCUGCUUUGUUAGAUAUACCAGGACGAAGGUUAAAAAUCAGAGGGCCUUAACAUCAUGCCAUAGUAUCUCAAGUCGCACUAGAUGAGAAUAUUUCAUGACGCAAAUAACUUGUGUUAGCCAUUCUUGUUUUGUUUUAAUUUUAUGCUUUAUUCUUCGACUCGCUAGGAUAUAGUACAAUUUUCAAUUGUGAGCCUAGCAUCUAGCAUCGAUUUUGACCUCUGAAAUUUUGUUUAGCAGGCAGCACCAGCUGCUUUUAGUGAAAAUCACCCAGAUCUAAGGGUAUAUUUGUCCUUGCAUCAUUGUAAUUUUGAUGUUUUGCUCUAUUAAAUAAUUUAAUAUUGCUUGUUCCAUCUUGACCCUAUUAUGUUGUGCCUAUAUGUGUUUCUUAUGCGGUUACGACGGUGACAAUGUGCCUAAUUUGCUGUAAGACAUGCAGCGUGAUCGGUGGGGGUUGAAAGUGUGGCGAUGCCAAUCUCAGAGACUGAACUUGUUAGGUUGGUAAGAAUUAUUUCAUAUUUCUCUAGCUUUGAGAUUGCGGCUUCACUUCUAGUAUCAUAUCAACUAUAAAUGCAUGUGUUGAUCAUAUAAUUAAUGCGUAAAGAUACCUCACAAAACAAUUAAUGCGUAAAGAUAUCAUACAUAAUAUUAAUGUGCAAUUAAUUUCCUCCCUAAUAUCACAUAUACGCAUUUAUUGCAAUUAAUAUUGUAUAUUUAUUAAUGUGUAUAUAUAAGAAGUGUUUGGCAAGGAAAAAAUGUGGCUUCUCUAGUUCGACCGGAUCCAAGAUUUUGGACUCCUCGAUUAAAAAGAAAGAAAGGUUUUACACUCUUCCGCGGCUCGCAAGCACCUGCUCGGCAUCCACUUGCCGGCCGGCCGCCCCCGUAUUUUCUUGGUCGGGCCGGCGCGGUGUCGUCUCCCCAGGAUCGCCCUGCCGGCCGUGACAGGAGAAAGCAACCGAAAACCAACAAGAGCGGGGGACAGGAAGAUAUCGGAGGCAGCUGCCCCAACCCUAGGCUCUCACAGUAAAAGUGUACCAAAUGGACCAUGGGAGUUCCCCAACGAAGAUAUGUAAGUCUGUUGUGGAUGAAGAUAUCAUCAGCAAUCUACCCGAAGCUCUCAGAGACAAAAUCCUUUGUUGUCUGCCAAUAAAAGAAGCUGUUGGAACAUGCCUCUUGUCAAGGACUUGGAGGUACACAUGGGGUUCAAUGACCGAACUGAUGUUCAGGAGAGCUGAUUUCGCUUCAGGAAAUGAUAGUGCAGACGAUGACCGCAGAUUUCUUAAGUUCACUGAUAUGUUUCUCUUCCUCCACAACGGCCCAAUUCUGAAGUUUUGCCUGAAUACCGUAGCGAAUGAAAUGGUAUCCACUGGAGGACACCUUUACCGUUGGAUGCUUAUGCUGUCAAGAAAUAAGAUUAAGGAGAUUCAACUUCAGACAAGUAUACGUGACAGUUACAAGGUCCCUUCUAGUUUUUUCUCCUGCGAUGAACUAGAAUAUGUGUAUCUGCGAGCUUGUGUUUUCACUAGUUUACAUUUGCCACCUCCAUCUAAAGGCUUCAAACAAUUGCAUACUCUUCGUCUAGAAUAUGUUACUGUGGAAGGAAACAGUUUAGGGGAUUUAGUAGCGAGUUGCCCGAAUUUGGAGAAACUUAAUAUUCGUGGAUUGUGCAGCCAAUCCAAUAUAAAUAUUCGUUCAACAAAGUUCAAGGUGCUAAAAAUUGAAGGCUGGUUUACACACCUCAAUCUGCAUGCUCCUUAUCUUACUUCCGUAUGGAUCGGACUGGAACUGAAUUCUGACACAGUUGGUGCUUCGACAACCAGAUGCAACUUCAAUCUUUCUCCAUUUAUUGCUUCUCUUUCAGAUGUUGAGACUAUUAGGUUUCAUGGACACAUCCUUGAGUGCGUAGAACGUGAAUUUCUGAUUCUCAAGCAGCCAAAAUUAUUCAACCGGCUGACAGAGAUAAGCCUGGAGAUCAAUCUCGGUGAUCUCAAGGAGGCAAAUUUUGCCUUGUGCUUAUUUCAGCAUGCCCCCAACCUGCGAUUUUUCAAACUAAAGCUCAUUUCCAGGAAUUCCAUGGUACCAAGAGUGCAUUUCUGGGAAUCAAUAGACCGUGAUGUCUGUCUCUUCCAGAACGUUGAAGUAGUUGGUCUGUUCGACUUUACUGGCUCCUUUGCGGAGCUAGGCUUCUUGAAAUUUUUACUUGAAGGUGCACCAGUGUUAAGAAAAUUGGGAAUAAUCGACAAGGGAUUGGACAGAAAUGUCCUAAAAAAUCUCCUGAAGCUGAGAAGAGCAUCAAAGGAUGCAGAAAUAUUGAUUCUUGAGGCUUGUUUCCCCCACUAGAAAAAGGUCAACUUCGCCACCCUAGUGUUUUAUCUCUACUCUGUUUCCAUGGAGAGGAUCAAAUCCAACCUCUGAAGGAACAAGUCAAGACCAUUGGAAGGAACGGUAUCAAGCUUGUGUUGGGAACCUCUAACAACUCUACUACUCUCGUUUGGUGCGAUCUUGCAAGACACAAGCUCUGAAGUUUAGGGUAUACAGGCAUAAGUUAUCCCCAUAAUUUGUUGUUGAAGUUACCGCGUGCUCCUGUGGAAAACAGUGUUGCCUCAGGAGUUGCUUACUUGUUGUGUCAAAGUUCAGAAAGAAAAUGUUUGGCAGUUCAUAUUGAUCUGCGAAAACGUCUUAUAUUUAGUAUCAGAGGGUGUACUUUACUAGGUCGUGCUCGUUCUGUUUUGAACUGUUGCCGCCAUUUGAGAAUGCAGAAAUUUGCACCUGACGCACCACUA